GUCAGUGUCCUCACCUUUUAGCAGCCCGCGCCUCGGUUCCUGCGGACGCUUCCCGAGCUCCCAGCUCUGCCUCUGUCCACUGCCGCCUUGCCACCCACCAUGGCCCUGCUGCACUCUAGCCGCGUCCUCUCCGGGGUGGCUGCCGCCUUUCACCCAGGCCUUGCGGCCGCAGCCUCUACCAGAGCCAGCUCCUGGUGGGCCCAUGUAGAAAUGGGACCCCCAGAUCCCAUCCUGGGAGUUACCGAAGCCUUCAAGAGAGAUACCAACAGCAAAAAGAUGAACCUGGGAGUUGGUGCCUACCGAGAUGAUAAUGGGAAGCCUUACGUGCUCCCCAGUGUCCGGAAGGCAGAGGCCCAGAUUGCUGCAAAAAAUUUGGACAAAGAAUACCUGCCCAUUGGGGGGCUGGCGGACUUCUGUAAGGCUUCUGCAGAACUGGCCCUGGGUGAGAACAGUGAAGUGCUGAAAAGUGGCCGGUUUGUCACUGUGCAGACCAUUUCCGGGACGGGAGCCUUAAGAAUCGGAGCCAGCUUCCUGCAAAGAUUUUUUAAGUUCAGCCGAGAUGUCUUUCUGCCCAAACCAUCCUGGGGAAACCACACACCAAUCUUCAGGGAUGCCGGCAUGCAGCUACAAGGCUAUCGAUACUAUGACCCCAAGACUUGUGGGUUUGACUUCACAGGAGCCAUGGAAGACAUUUCAAAAAUCCCAGAGCAGAGCGUCCUCCUCCUGCAUGCCUGCGCGCACAACCCCACAGGCGUGGACCCGCGUCCGGAGCAGUGGAAGGAGAUCGCGGCGGUGGUGAAGAAAAAGAAUCUGUUUGCAUUCUUUGAUAUGGCCUACCAAGGCUUUGCCAGUGGUGACGGCAAUAAGGAUGCCUGGGCUGUGCGCUACUUCAUCGAGCAGGGCAUUAAUGUUUGCGUCUGCCAGUCAUAUGCCAAGAACAUGGGCCUAUAUGGUGAGCGUGUGGGAGCCUUCACUGUGAUCUGCAAAGAUGCCGAUGAAGCCAAAAGGGUGGAGUCGCAGCUGAAGAUCCUGAUCCGUCCCAUGUAUUCCAACCCACCUCUCAAUGGUGCCAGGAUCGCAGCGACCAUCCUGACCUCCCCAGACUUGAGGAAGCAAUGGUUGCAAGAAGUGAAAGGCAUGGCCGACCGCAUCAUUAGCAUGAGGACCCAGUUGGUCUCCAACCUGAAGAAAGAGGGCUCCUCCCACAACUGGCAGCACAUCACCGACCAGAUCGGCAUGUUUUGUUUCACUGGCCUGAAGCCUGAGCAGGUGGAGCGGCUGACCAAGGAGUUCUCAGUCUACAUGACGAAGGAUGGCCGCAUCUCGGUGGCAGGGGUCACCUCUGGCAACGUGGGCUACCUUGCCCAUGCCAUUCACCAGGUCACCAAGUAACGACCAGGGUGCAAAGGAGCAGAGACCACCUUUCCUUCAGCCUUGGCUCUCGUGAGAGUCGCGUGCAGGACGGGGGUGGGUGGGGGGUGGUGAGUAGAUCAUGUUUUCAACCACAGUGCAUAACGAAUGUGUUCCUCGGAGAAGAGGUAGGGCAGAGGCUUCCGCGGCUGGUGUCUGCAGCUUCGUCGGCUCUAAACCAAACCCCCUCGUCCUUUUGUCUCCAACUUUUCUGAAAGAGUUUACACAUGCAAGAACAUCGCAGCACCAAAAACCUGUCAGCCAGGGCUUUACUGAAGCAUCAGGUGCUUCCCCGGGGACCCACCUGAGACCGCCAUAUUAGAGGUGGUGAGAGGAAAACCCCUAGUUCUGACGUUAGCGGAUGUCCAUGUGUGUGUGCCGUCCCGGUGUGAGUGACUGUGUCAGCAGACCCCAUUACCGAAAUCAUGCUUUACCAAAACCACCAGGUCUGUCGCCCGGUCGGCGAGGGCGGUAAAUGUCGUCUCGUCAGCCCGUCUCUUGUCAUUCUGCUUCUCUGGUGUCCCGUCCCGUUCUGCUUGACUGACCAUUAACCUCAUCCUGUCAGGAUUUCUGUAAGAAUGGAGAACAGAGUUUGUUUUUUUUUUUCCUGCUCAUGCCAGCCCUCCUUUCUCAGCAAAGGACAGCGGAGAGUGGGACCCUGCACUUUUUCAGCCCCCGUCAAUGAUUGGCUCCUACUGGACGGGGCCUCUGCCCAGCUGGACCUCUUCCUGCACCCUGGCUGCACAGCCUGUCUCCUCACAUGAGUCAGACAGUGCAGGGUGGGGUCAGGAGAUAUUCUGGGGUUUGUGUGCUGCCAGCCCGGCUCAGACUCCGCCCUUUGGAAAGCUAACCACCAUCUGCUCGAAUCCUGUAGACUGGCUGCCGCCUGGUUUCUCUGUUACAAUAAAGUUACUGUAGACCCA